AUGGCCUCGUGGACCAUGCAGUACCGGACAGAGGCCAUGGAUCGCGAACCCAGCUUCUUCUGGCAGGAGCUGGACGGGGUCACGGGUGACGAUUCCAACGACUUCUUCGGCCAGUUCGUCGACUUUGACGGCAACUCGUCCGCCAUGGUCACCCCUUCCAUGACGGUCACGGCCGAUGCCACCCCGAACUCGGUCAUGGGUGAUCACACGGUGCCGCGACUACCGGAGUCGUCCCUCAUGGUGGGCGAUCACCAACCUCAGCAGCAACAGCAACAGCAACAACAAGAAGAAGACGAAGAAGAAGAUCAACAGCAUCGGUAUCAGCCCCAGCACCUACAGCUCCACGACCAGUACCAACAACAGGCACUGCCCGAUAGUCUAGGGUCGUCGACGACGGAGGAGUUCGACUUCCUCUCCAGCAGCUCGCACUUUGGCCCGACGCCCAGCGACAUCGACCCGAGCAGCCUGGACGCCCACUUCCUCGGGUACCCUCAGCCCAGCUUCCUGGCGGCGCGCGGGUCCAUGUCGGACACGGAGCUCCCCAAGGUGGAGGGCAUGUCUCUCAGCUCGCCCAUCAAGGAGCGGUUCCUCGACGCCGUGCAGUCGACCAUCCGCAAGGCCACCCACCGCCGAAAGCCCAGGCAGCCGCUCCCCGAGAACCGACCGGGAUCGCCCGCCUCCGACGCUCCCCUCCGGGCCCCGAAGCAGAGACCCCGUCGCGGGGUGAGCAGCGGCAGCAAGGUAAAGGCACCGACAGAGACGCCGGCCCCGAUGCCCAUGCCCAGCCAGCAGCAGAUGAACGAGGUCAACGCUGGCAACGGCAGCUUUGUCCACGGCAGCUGCGACGACCCCUUCACGGACGUGCCCAACCUGGCGCCGCCCCACUACGGCCACCGCCACCAGCACGACGUCUCAUCACCCCUCAACUCCCCCGGCAUCAAGAACGAGGCCGAGUCGUUCCAGGCAGAGCCGCAGAUGCCGGGGACGCUACCGCCAGACUGGCAGGUCCACCAGCCCCAGCAGCGUCACCAGUCGUGCUCCCUGCCGGCGUCGUCGUCGUCGUCGUCGGCAGGCCAGUGGAAUGGUGGCGGCGGUGACAUGAUGGACUCCUCGUCGUGGUGGGACCUCAACAUGGUCAACCAGAACGGCGAGUACGUCGACCCGCGCAACGCGGACAUCAACAUGGCCAUGCACUCUCAGCAGGCCGGCCUCCCCUACGAAUACCAGGCCCACCUUCAUCAGCACCAGCACCAGCACCAGCAGCAGCAGCAGCACGGGCAUGUCGUCGUCGUGCCCGACGACAGCGGCCUGAUGAUACAGAUGCCCCAGCCUCAGCAUCACCACCGGAUGCGUCACCACUCCAUCGCCAACGACCUGCACAUGACAGCUCAGACGCAGCUGCAACCGCCGCCGCCGCCGCCGCCGCUCAUGCCGCCGGCCCAUCAGCAGGCGACGUCGCAUCGCCCACCCCGCGCCCCCUCCUCCGGCGCCCGCCACCUCUCGGUGUCGCCCGUGCGCAAGACGCGCGCCCCCUCCGCGUCCCCCACGCGCGGCACGCCCGCCCAGAAGCGUCACAGCUCCGGAGGCUCCGUCUCGUCGUCCGCGCGGAGCGCUUCCGGCCGUCAGCCCGCCGUCACCACCAGCGUCCCCGGAACGCCCUCUGGCGUGCGGAAACGUCGCUCGCGAGAUCCCAGCGGAGGCAGCACCAACCUUGCCUCCGCCGCCGCGACAGCCUCGUCUGCCAGCGUCGGCUCCGGCGCCGGUGGAUUCUCCUUUGAGAACGGUGGCGGCUUCGUCAACUUCACCCCCGACGACGGGAGCAUGCUCAUGACCGGCGUGGCCCCAAGCGGCAGUUCAAAGACGAAGGCCAGGAGGGAGAAGGAGGCCAUGGACCGGAGGAGGAAGCUCAGCGAAGCGGCCAUCAAGGCUGUUGCUGCGGCUGGGGGGGAUGUGGAUAAGCUGAUGCAGCAGGGAUUCCAGUUCUGA